UGGACUGAUUGCCCUGACCCAGUAUCUGCUGGUGAAAAUGGAUGCUAUUUCAGUAAGAACUACACAUCGAUGCAGGUUCUUUAUCAUGUUCGCCUUGUCAGUGACAAUGUCACCUAUUAUGAAUACAGCUUCACCAUUGAUGAAAUUGAACUAAGCUCUAUGGCAGUUAGCACCAAAGGACCUUUGCAGAGGUACAUAAAGAGGACAUAUCCUCCUGGGUGGCCACAAAUCACAGAGUGUCGAUCCCCCCAGCAGGAAACCUUUACCUGCCACUGGACUUAUGGGGAACUUCAUAACCUAACUGGCCUGAUAAAGCUGCAAUAUAAAAAAGGAGAUUUGGAUUGGGCUGACUGCCCUGACAUGGUGUCGGCUGGUGAAAACACAUGCUAUUUCAGUAAGAACUACACAGCGGUUUGGGUGACAUAUCAAGUCCGUCUCGUCUUUGACAAUGAGACAUUUGAUGACUAUCACUUCAGUGUCGAUGACAUUGUGCGUCCGGACCCUCCCAUGGCUUUGAGCUGGACAUCUCUCAACGUCAGCGUAACCCAUUUAUACAUGGACAUUGAGCUAAACUGGCAGCCUCCAGCCACAGCUGAUGUUAAACGUGGAUGGCUCACACUUGACUAUGAAGUACAUAUAAAACUGGCCAGUGCAGCAAAAUGGAAGACGUAUGAUUCUGUGAAAACCACAUAUUUAUCGAUCUAUGGCCUAUUGAUGGAGAAUGAGUACUGGGUGAAAAUCCGCUGCAAGCGGAAAGAAGGUUAUAUGUUCUCAGAAUUCAGUGAAGUGCUAAUAAUCCAACUUCCAAUGAGAUUGCCAGAUUCUCCAUGGCCAUUGUUUGUGAUCACUGGAAUAUUUGCUGUUGUGGUGGCAUUGGCAUUUUUAAUAUUUUGCAAAAAG